UGUAAGCGAUGGAAGUGGAGCCGACUCGGCCGGCAGUGAAGAAGAAGCUGUGGAACGUGUUGCGAGCGGUUGUGUUCAUGUUGAGGAAAGGCGUACGGACAUUCGAUCUUCACUUGAUACUAAAACGAAGCAAAAUCGCAGGUAAAGCGAUUGGAAAUCUGAUCGAAUUUCAUCACGGAUCUGCUUUCAGUUGCCAAACGAUUGAUAUCGCCAAUUCCUACAUCUCAACUCGCGAUUACGAAUUCAGUUGCAGUAACAGUCCUGCAGCAUAUCCGUUCCGUUACUUCAACAAACUCCGAAAGCACCGAAACCACCAAUAUUUCCCCAAAUCUUACCGCCACGACGAUUUCUCCACCGUCGCCGCCGUCACGAGAGUUCUGGAUAUGCUCCAAACCGAUCAGAACUCCGAGAAGUCGCCAUUAGUGCCGCUGCCUGGAUUCGGAAAGAGUCCGCUAGUUGUACGGCAGUUGCGCGUUACGGAUUCGCCGUUUUCUUUGAAGGACGACGGCGAUAGUCAGUUCGUCGAUAAAGCCGCCGAGGAAUUCAUCAAGAAGUUCUACAAGGAUCUAAGGCUAGAGCGAAGUUUUGCAGCUUGUGAAUCGCCGUACCGGAAUACGCUUUGCCGAUGAAAACAAACAAACGAACGAACGAACUUUAACUUUUUCAGAUCGGCGAUGUUUACAGUUACACAUCGUCAUAAAUGAACGUCGAAUCACUGUGUUUAAUGGCUUUAAGAGACGUGAUUCAUUCUCAACCAUAUCAGUUUGAAAGCUCCAACAGUUCAAAUCUUUAAGUUUCGAUAAUUACUU